GCUGGUUAACACGCAGCUCACAUUUUGCAUUAUUAUUAUCAUCUCAAUCAUCAAUACAAGCAGAAAAUAACAGUACGCGAGUAAAAACAUGUGUCUCUCGUAUGUCGUAAAUGGAAAUACUUUGAAGUGAAGUCGAAGCACAUCAAUAACGUGCAAAUACUAAUACAGAUAAAAACACGCAAUGUUCCCAUCGGCCUGCAGGGGGCGACAUGUCCCGCCCCCCUCAUCAACGGGAAGAAAACAUGGCGGAAAGGAGCUGUGGAGGCUGCAUCGGUUGAGCUGCUGGCCGUGAAACAACAUCAAUAAAAAAAAGGGCCAUCAUCCGCCGCGGGAGGGGGCCGUAAGGUCACUGCCGUACGAGGGGAGCCGAGGUUAAUCUCCCCGACCGGCUGUAUUCUGUCCCCGUGAAUGAACGAGAGAGAGAGAGAGAGAGAGAGAGAGACAUAGAGACACCGAGGGAGAGAGAGAGAGAGCCACGGAACAAGCCGGACAUGAACGGGCCCGUCGUAUGCAGCAGCCACUCAGUCGCUCCGCUGAGCGGCCCCAGGUCCAUCUCCCCCGCUCAUGAUGAAAUCAAGCUCACCCAGGAGGGGCGGCGCUCUCCAGCGUGCUUCCAGCCACACGACGCCCCCGGGCAGGGAGAUGGCCGGAGAACGGACGCCACCAGCACGGCGCCGAAAGCAUCGGAGACCCGUCACCCCGAGAUGGAGAGCAGCAACGGCCAGUGUUCACCCCGCAGGUCAGGGGCACCGCUCCCCCGCGCUCAGACCUGCUCCGGUUCCCCCGCCGAACUCCCCCUGCAAACGGGUACCAGCUCGUCUCCCGCUCCCCUCCACGUUGCCAACGACAACAACAACAACAACAAAAGCAGCAGCAGCAGCAUCAUCGCUCUGCAAAGCCGCCAGCGCCGAGGCCGCUGCCGAAAGGUCAAAGAAAAGAAGUCUACCCUGAGAAUUGCAGGCGGGAAAAACUCCCAGAACCGGAAAGUAACCGACUACUAUCCAAUAAGACGAAGCUCGAGAAAGAGUCAAACGGAGCUCAAGUGUGAAGAAAAGAAGCUCAUCGACGACCUCAUCACAAAGGGAAUAGAAGAAGGGAUGGAGGUGCAGCACAUAGAAGGAAAGGGCAGAGCGGUGUUCGCCACGCGCUGUUUCCAGAAGGGCGAGUACGUGGUGGAGUACCACGGAGACCUGCUGCAGAUCACCGACGCCAAAACCCGCGAGGCUGAGUACGCCGAGGACCCCGCCACCGGCUGCUACAUGUACUACUUUCAGUACCUGGGCAAGACGUACUGCGUGGACGCCACGAGGGAGAGCGAGCGGAAGGGCCGCCUCAUCAACCACAGCAAGAACGGGAACUGCCAAACCAAAGUGCACGACAUCGACGGCGUGCCCCACCUGGUGCUCGUGGCCUCGCGCCGCGUGGACGAGGGCGAGGAGCUGCUCUACGACUACGGCGACCGCAGUAAGGCUUCCAUCGCCGCCCACCCGUGGCUCAAGCACUGACCCCCCCCCCCCCCCCCCCGACGGGGGACUUGUUCUCCAUGUGGGUGUUUGGGAGCACAUUUUGUGCGUCCGAUGCUCCUCCAGCGGGUCGCUUUGUGUGUGUUUUUUUCCCUAAUAGGCGGUCAGAGCUCAGCAAUACUAACGCGGCCCCCGGGGGCCCCGCCCUCUGUCCCCUCCCUUUUUCUGGAGGGAUCAGCGAGAACUAUGAGAUGCAAAUUAUGAAUAUAAUCUGUGACACAAACGGUUCACCAGAGUCGUGGUUCAUGUUUUGGGUUUUGAUCACAUGACCACGAGGAUUCAUGUUGAAAACACUCUGAGGAUUAACGAGUCAAAUACAAACAAGGACGUUUUUUUUAACAAUAUUGUAUUUUUGUAACAUUUAAAGUUGUCAGAUAGCUGCAGUAUAUGAACAUUUAUUAGGUACAUAUCUACUAAUAAGUCAUUAAACCUCCUUUUAAUCUCUACACACUUAAUGCUGCACUGUGUAAAUAUAUUUAUGGUGUGUUUUUUUUCAUACACGUAUUUAAAUAUCAAAGCUAAUCAAUCUGCAAAAUGGCCUUUAGAGUAGCCCAGAUCUAAAUUUCCAUUUUUUUUUUUUUUUACACAUUUAAAUCGUAAAUUUAAUUUUAGCGUAAUUCUUUAUUUCAUGUCAUCUGGCUGAUUUAUGGCGAAAGAAGAAAACGUUCUAUGAGCGGUUGUAAAGUUUUACACUUUAAAAAAAAAAAUCCCAAAUGACCAAAUAAUAAAAGGGUUCCAGCCUUGUGUUCAAAGCAACACGUGCACGAUGCAACACAAAGGCUUCUUUAGCUUAGCAUAGCUUGUAGCCUAGCUGAAAUUAGCAUGAGCCGCCUCUUAAACGCUUCCCAACAAACUCGACUAGCUCAUUGUGUUCUCUUAGGAGGCUGUCGGCUAGCGGUUUCCCCCCGUUUCCAGUCUUUGUGCUAAGCUAAGCUAAUGGUCUCGAGUCAAACGCUUCCUUUAACAAAGUCCAACUAAACGGUUCAAAGCGCCUGCUGGGAACGGCUCACGUAGUGAAUGAGCCGCGUCUUUGGUGAACUCUGUACAUCUCUGCAGGUUUUAUACACUAAAUAUUGUUGCUACUGUUCCAUGUGCAAGUAUUCAAACCUCUGAACCUGCCUGCAGGUCCUUUUGUAUUUUAUAUUUUAGCAUUUGCUUUCUUUCCAAAUAGGGUUUCCAUGAAUUGUAGCCUGAAGAAAUCUACCCGAUCUUGUUAUACGGUUCAUUUUGGGGGAUUUUCACUCUGCCCAAUGCUAGCAGUCCCCUUGGUUGGCAGCCUUUACGCUAAGCUAAGCUAACUACUUCCUGUAGCUGCAGCUUCAGAUUCAUCAGCGUAUCGACCUUUCUCAUCAAGGCUCAGAAAGAAGCGUAUUCCCCAAAAUGUUGAAGUAUUUAAGCAUCAUUCUCUUUCAUUACAUUGAAUCACAAUUAUGCAUAAAAAGCAGGAUUUGAAAGGUCACAUCAUCUCUGUAGCUGCUCAGGUUCUACACGUUUUCCAUGAAAGUGUUCAAAAGAAUCAUGAACGGGACUUUAAAUAAAAGCCCAAAUACUUCAGGAUUGUUUUGCUGGUUUUCAAAUAGCAUUCAGCCAGCUGACUUUCCCCCCCCCCCGACCCAAGCGUCCGGUUCCACCUGUGAAAGGUUUCACAUUCCUUUUCAUUCUCAGAACGGAGCGCUGAUCUGUGCUGUAGCGCUGAAUAAAGAUGUGAUAUGCAAGUAACAGGAAGAGAAGUCUCAAUUGUUCUGCUGUUAAAAUAAACUAUUACAAGUUUUCAA